AUGCUUCUCAAUCUUGCUGUUGUGUACAUUGCUCUUAUGAGCGUCGUCAGUGCUGACUUCUUGGACAACUUGACCAGUGGAUUCGCUAAUUUUUUUACUGGAGAUAUUCCAAACUUUUUCACCAGUGAUCUUGCCAAUGUUUUCACCAGUAACAUCCCUGGUUUCUUCACCAGUGAAAUUCCUGGUCAAUUCUCUACUCUCGCUUCUGAUAUCACAGGGAAGAAUGGAUUCACAUCUUGGGCGUCCGCUUAUGAAAACGCGGCCACUUCUUGGUUCAGUAAAGCUACCGCAGUUGGAGCAGACAAGUGGUCUACUUUGGCUUCAGAAAUAAACGCUGUUGGUGCAUCCGAUACUGCCAAGGCACAUUCCAUCUGGUCUUCAUUCGCUAAAGAGAACUCCAUUACUGCCUUCUCUGCUCCAUCUUGGUCCGGUACUGUUCAUGAUGCUUCUGCUACAGUUUCUGGAGCAUCUUCUAAAGCCUCUUCCGGGGCUUCUGGAGCAUCUUCUGGAGCAUCUUCUGCUUCAUCUUCUGCUUCAUCUUCUGCUUCAUCCUCUUCAUCUUCGAAGGGUAUUGCUGGAUUAAACGCCGCUCAAUAUGGCCCAGCCGGUGUUGUUGUUGGUUUCCUCGCCAUUGCUUUAUUGUAA